UGAGCAUGCAAGAAAUAACUGAUCAUUCAGCAACCAUCAAUUGUGUAACUCUUAGCAAGUUUCGACGAAUUUUAUUAAAGGCAGCUAGUUAAACAGUUACUAUUGCUUUUUUUAAUAUUGUUUGAUACAGACUUAUCGUAAAUCAGUAAUUGACUGUGGCUUUUCAGCCAUAUAGAAUAAAUUGUGAAAUGGAGAUUCAGGUCAGACGGCAACGAAUGGCGCAGAUUCAGGAUCAAGAAAAUGUGUAUUCCAAAAAAAUUAAUGUUGUUAUGCCAACGAAACGGCAAGGUUUGUCUGUUCGGGGUGCUCUAGGAGAACUGAAUACAAAUGUACAAGUUCAACGUGAUGUAAAUGUUGGCAAAGUAGCUGUUGCUGCCGCCGAAUUUGAGAAGAAAGCUACUGUUAAUCGUGGUAUUGUCCGAAGUAACUACAGUCACGUGCAAUCAAAAGUGAACACUGGUUUGGCUGUUAAAACUGUUAUUCAGCCCUCUUCAAGACCACCAUUGAGACGUGAAGAAAGUACUGCAGCAUUGGCAGCCCGUGCUGUUGUAAGAACCAGGGCAGCUCUGAAAGAUGUUCAAAAUAAGCCUCAUUAUGUUAAAGAAACAAACACUCUACAAGCUAAGAAAGUCACUCAAGAUGUCAAGAAGCCGUCUAAGUUGAUUUCUCUUAAAGAUAAUGCUAAUAAUAAAGAAAAUAAAGGCUUGCUAAAAUCAAUACCCAAGGAGCCAACAGAGUCAUUGGGCAAGCUUAAAUUAGUUGAAAAUGAUGACAAUUUAUCAGUAGGAAAGCAAGAAAAUAUUGCUGCUAAAAUUCUUUCUCCACCAAAAUUACCUGAGGACAUUGAAGACAUUGAUGCCAGCGACAAAAACAGCCCCUUACUUAUGUCAAUUUACAUAAAAGAUAUUUAUAAGUACUUAACACAGCUUGAAGAAAAAUAUCCAAUUGAAGAAGAUCACCUAAAAAAGCAGACUGUGAUCACCGGUAAAAUGAGGGCUACUUUGAUAGACUGGCUGGCUGAGGUUCAGAGACAAUUCUCGUUUGUUCUAGAAACAUUCCAUUUGACUGUUGGAAUUAUUGAUCGUUAUUUACAGGUGGUUCCCAAUGUACAAAGGAAUCAGUUGCAACUUGUUGGUGUAACAGCAAUGUUUAUUGCUAGUAAAUAUGAAGAGAUCCACGUACCGGAUGUAAGUGAUUUUGUCUAUGUGACGGACAAUGCAUAUUCAAAAUCUGAUGUAUUCCAGUGUGAGAGGGAAAUUAUGUCGAAGCUUGGCUUCUGUCUUGCAAGACCUAUACCUUUAAGCUUUUUAAGAAGAUUCGUCAAAGCUGCACAUGGAACGUCUAAAAACCACCAUUUAGCAAAAUACUUCGUUGAUCUCAGUCUCGUCGAGUAUUCCAUGGCUCAUUACAGGCCGUCAGAACUAGCUGCUUCCGCGAUUUGUCUCUCACUGUACCUGCUUUCUAGUAAAAAACUAUCAGAUGUCUGGACACCGACAUUAUCGUAUUAUUCUGGUUAUAGUUUAGAGCACAUUGUUCCGAUUAUGGUGAAGAUAGCUAAAAUUGUAAUAAAUGUUGAAAAUUCGAAACAUAAAGCAGUGUACAACAUGUAUUCAGAUACGACCGUCGCGAAAGUGUCCAGCCUGCCUCAGUUGAAAGGAGACGCGAUAUACGAGUUAACAAAAAUCACUUCAUGUUAAUGGCACAUUUUUGGACAUUGUUAGUUGUGUGUCUUUAAUGUGGUAUUAGUUAUUUAUAAUCAGUAACCAUGGACUGAGUUUUUGAUGUAAGGUUUCUUAUAGGUACCUGUUUGUUUGAUUAGGAUUAAUUUUAAACUUUUAGAUGUAGUUUUACGACUGUGAGAUUUCUUUGAAAGUUAUUGACAAUUUUUAUUUAUAUAUGCAUUAUAAAAAUAUCACAUUUGAGACAUGUUUAUUUAAAGUUUAAAAAUUAACAGGCAUUUUGGUAGGCUCGCAAAAAGUUGUAGAAAAAAUGCACUUUAUAUACCUAUAUAAUUUUAAAGUAAUAUACCUGUUUUCUUUAUCGACAUCAAUGAUCUAUAUUUAUUAUAUAUAAUUGUGCAGUGAGCAUAUGUGAGCCCAAUAUAUAAUAUAUUUUAGAUUAAUUUAUUUGUAUUAUAUUUGUUGUAUUGCGAAUUUCGGACGAGGUUUUAUAAAUCUCAGUUUAACACUGAAACAUGAAUAAGUUUUAUUCAAAGUUCAAAUUUAUUUCAAUGCUGUAUAUUUAAAGUUCAUUGCUUGAAUAUUUGGAACAGCUUAGAAUAAAAAUAUUCUAUAAAUAUUAUUUAGUGACAAUGGACCAAAACAUUGACAAUAUUUGACUCUGAAUAAUGUAAGCCAAGUUUUAAUUGUUUAGAUAGAUAUUUUUAAUAAUGUAAUUUGAUG